AUGUUUGGUUUGUGUUUUGUUAUCUCAUGGUUAGGUAAUUUCGUUGAAGGAUCAGCUGGAACAACGGAGCCAAUAACACCUGUGAUUGCGCACGAAUACUACUAUAUCGAUAACAGUAACGACGGGACAAACAACUAUGGAUAUUACUAUUACGAGGAGACAAAAGAUAGUACACCACUUAGCAUUCUCGGGGAGAUGUCAACAGGUUAUUUCACUAAAACUCCGCAAAACACACAAAAUACGCAACCAAGCUCUACCCAGAGAUCAGUGGAGACAAUGACAUCCUCGCUAUUUACGUCUUCAAUCACCACCCACGGUUCAGUCGAGACUAUGACAUCCUCGCUAUUUACGUCUUCAAGCACUACCCACGGUUCAGUCGAGACUAUGACAUCCUCGCCAAGUACGUCUUCAAUCACUACCCACGGUUCAGUCGAGACAAUGACAUCCUCGCCAAGUACGUCUGCAAGCAGAACGCCUCAAAGCUCUACCCAACCUAUGGGGGGGAAAACUACCAUUCCGCCAAAUACGCCUGCAAGCUAUACCCACAGCAUAGUUGAAAAAACGACACUGUCUCCAAAUACACCAUUGAGCUUUAUUAACGCUUUAGAUGACAAAGUGACAGCUUUACCAAAUUCGUCUGUAAGCUCUACCAUCCGUCAAGAUGAAGAAACGACAUCCCCGACAAAUACACCAGCAACUGAAGUCAUUGCAUCCAACUUAAAAAAAGUUCCUCUGAAUAAAUUUGACGUUGCUAAAUUAUUUUAUAAAAAGUUGCUUAAUAACUAUGAUCGCAGAAUAAGACCGAUCCAGAAUCAAACACAUCCAGUAUAUGUGAAUACAAAGUUUGUACCGCUUUCGUUGAUUGACUUCGACACUUACGAGCAAAGGUUUUCGAUGCUGGGCUACUUUCGAAUUCGUUGGACCGACGAGCAGAUGGUGUGGCGACCAAAAUUUUAUAAGUACAUAAACACGGUUAAAUUCGCCUCUGCAGAUAUCUGGACUCCAAAUAUUGUCAUUCAAAAGUCCUUUCACGGACAUGGCGACGUGGGAAAUCCCAAAACGGACGUUCUAAUGGUUUCUUGGAACGGUAUUGUCCAGUGGGUACCGGAAUCAACAUAUUCGGUUGUGUGUGACGUCGAUAUACAGUACUUUCCGUUUGACGACCAAACCUGCACGGUUACGUAUUACGCUGCAGAUGAGACGGUGGACACCGUAGAACUAGAUCAUUAUCUCGGUACCGACAUGUCUGAGUACUCAGAAAACCCCUCCUGGAUUAUCGUUGGAGCUUCCCGCAAGCGAUACGUAAAGAAAAAUAACUGGUACAUAGACGUGGAGUUCCGCCUUCAGAGACGUGCCAACUUUGCGGCGUUUACGUUGAUUACUCCUCUAAUGAUGUUAGCUUUCUUAAACAUCUGUGUCUUUCUCGUGCCUAUAAAUUCGGGUGAGAAAGGGUCUUUCUCGGUAACAAUGUUCUUAUCAUACGGAAUCUUCUUUACGAUGAUCAGUGACUCUCUGCCCCAUAACUCUUUGCAGAUAUCGUUCUUUAUCCUGUUAAUUGUCGCAUUGCUCUGUCUAAGUGUCGUUGCGGUUUUCUACACAGUUAUUCAAGCUAAACUGGUCUCAGUCAUUGGCUCCAAGCAGUGUCCUAUCACAUGUCUCCGCAAACUUCGUUGGUCGAAAGUCAACAAGGUAAGUCCCAUUGAACACUACAUCGAGACCGGUAAACAAGAUCCCGAAGAUGAGCCUUACACUUGGAAAGAUUUCCUUGAACAGCUUGACACUUUUCUGUUCGUUUUGUUUCUGAUCAUUAUUCUACUGAUUACUGCUUUAUUCUUCGCAAUCCUUAUGCGACACGUUGCAACUGUCGAUAACAUGUUUGAUGAGGAUCCAGAGACCACCAUGCGGACAACUCCAGUAACAACUGUUGCAUCUGUCUGA